GCAUUCACUAUAUCUGGUCUCCCCGGACCCUGCAUUCACUAUAUCCGUCUCCCGGACUCUGCAUUCACUAUAUCUGAUCUCCCCGGACCCUGCAUUCACUAUAUCGGUCGGUCUCCCCGGACCCUGCAUUCACUAUAUCCGCUCUCCCCGGACCCUGCAUUCACUAUAUCCGCUCUCCCCGGACCCUGCAUUCACUAUAUCCGCUCUCCCCGGACCCUGCAUUCACUAUAUCCGAUCUCCCCGGACCCUGCAUUCACUAUAUCCGCUCUCCCCGGACCCUGCAUUCACUAUAUCCGCUCUCCCCGGACCCUGCAUUCACUAUAUCUGGUCUCCCCGGACCCUGCAUUCACUAUAUCUGGACCCUGCAUUCACUAUAUCUGGUCUCCCCGGACCCUGCAUUCACUAUAUCUGGUCUCCCAGGACCCUGCAUUCACUAUAUCUGCUCUCCCCGAACCCUGCAUUCACUAUAUCUGGUCUCCC